AUGCAAACCCUGAGAUCGAUUGUGAAUAUUGGCACGCCCACGCCCAGUCCGCCCCGUUCGCGCACCGCGUCGCGAAGCAACAUCCACGAGCCUCGGCCCAGCGACUCUCGCCCGUCGAAUGAUGCGAGUGCAGAGAUAGCCACCCUGAGCAGCGAGCCGGGCACGACGGGCACGACGGGCACGACGGGCACAAUGGGUGCGUCCAGGAGCGACAGCGCCGCCUCCACCUCCGCCUCCACCUCCACCUCCACCGCCACCGCUGAAGCGGUCGCAUCCGGCUAUGACGAGAAGUCACCGCUUCUCAGCCAGCCGGCCAUGGGACCAUAUGAGGACACGAAACCGCGGCGGCGAUGGCUCUACCCACAGCGCAUAUCUGAGGGCAUUGUUGCCAUUGUCGGCGUAAUCGUGACCCCCUUCGUCUACACGGGCCAGUGUCUUAUGUCCUGUUUCUACUACGAGGAGGAUGAUCGCUACUCCUUCCUCGCCCCUAUCUACCACAUCGCCCAGACAUUCACACGCGGACGGAGGAAGAAAGACAACGCGCGCGCCCCGUCGAGCUACAACGAAAAGCAAGCGCACAGGACCCGCGGUGCGAGCGGCGCCCAGCCCCAAACGAGAAAGUCCUCUCGGCGUUCAUUGUCCAUGGCCUCGACGUCCACUGCCAUGACGUCGGACUCCGAAAGUGAGCGACCCCGUACACGUGAUGGGGACUUUGGUAGCCCUGCGCGGCACACACGCUCAAAGUCGAAUGCAUCCUCUGGCGGAGACGAGAUAGCCCCUGCAAAGCGAUCUAUUCGCAUCACCCUCCAGCACAACGAAGACGUCUUGAGGCAACGCAAGGCGACAAAGAAGGCGCAGACUGCAAAAAGCAAUGCCGUCUCGCCUGAGGCGGCGGCUGCACUCAAGUCUCCCACAGGUCCGGUCAACAUGCCAUCAAAACAAUUGACGAGAUUCCCACGAGCGCCACAACCCCCACGGCCCCUGGUUCCGCGGCGUCAGCCGUCUUACUCUGCUUCAGGCUCAUCCGCGGUUGGCCCACACCAGAAGACGUUGAUCCUUGAUCUUGAUGAAACACUGAUACACAGUGUUGUGAAUAAUAGCCGCUUUCAGACUGGCCACAUGGUAGAGGUAAAACUCCAAGCUGCCGUUGGCGCUGGUGGUCAGAUCAUCGGCCCUCAAGUUCCACUCUUGUACUAUGUUCACAAGCGACCGUAUUGUGACGAUUUUCUGAAAAAGGUCAGCAAAUGGUACAACCUUGUGAUUUUCACUGCCUCAGUGCAGGAAUACGCCGAUCCGGUCAUCGAUUGGCUGGAAGUGGAGCGCAAAUACUUUGUGGGGAGAUACUACAGGCAGCACUGCACGCUGCGAAAUGGGGCAUACAUCAAGGACCUUGCUCAGAUUGAGCCUGACCUGAGUAAGGUCAUGAUCCUUGACAACAGCCCACUAAGCUAUGUGUUCCACCCAGACAAUGCUAUUCCAAUAGAGGGCUGGAUCAGUGACCCGACGGACCAUGACCUACUGCAUCUCAUACCACUGCUGGAAGGCUUGCAGUAUGUCACCGAUGUGCGGGCUUUGCUUGCGCUUCGACUCGGGAUGCCUGCAUCGGCUUGA